GGGAUCGACUUACAAGCCGGUGAAACGUGCAGAACUCAAGUCAAGCAGAAUGGUUUUAUCCAAAGCUGUGACAGAUGUGUUCAUUGUGGCAGCAAAGAGAACUGCCUUUGGAACAUUUGGAGGCAAGUUUGUCAAAACAUCUUCCACAGAUCUAAUGGUGCAUGCCUCCAAAGCUGCUCUAGAGGCUGGAAAAGUCAACCCAGAACUGGUCAACUCUGUCAUCAUUGGAAAUGUCAUUCAGGCUUCAUCAACAGAUGGGAUCUACAUUUCCCGACAUGUGGGCUUGAGAAGUGGUGUUCCAGAAGCUGUACCGGCUCUAACGGUUAACAGAUUGUGUGGCUCAGGGUUCCAAGCUGUUGUCAAUGGAGCACAGGAGAUCAUGCUUGGAGAGAGUCAGAUCGUUCUCUGUGGAGGGGUGGACAACAUGAGCAUGGCUCCAUUUGCUGUAAGAGAUAUCCGAUUCGGAACCAGGCUUGGGAAAGCCCCAGAGAUGGAAGACAUACUUUGGGACAGCCUGACAGAUUCGUAUACAGGUUUUCCUAUGGCCAUCACAGCAGAAAACUUGGCCGAAAAAUACAAGAUUAGUAAAGAAGAUUGUGACAAGUAUGCUAUCCAGACACAACAAAGAUGGAAGGCUGCCCAAGAUGCUGGUGUUUUCAAGGCAGAAAUGGCACCAAUUACAGUAAAAGGAAAGAAAGGACCAGAAGUCUUUGAAGUUGAUGAACACCCCAAGCCACAGACUACAAUGGAGGGUUUAGCCAAAUUGCCUGCCCUAUUUAAGAAGGGAGGGACUGUUUCUGCAGGCAAUGCAUCUGGUGUUUGUGAUGGUGCAGCAGCCUUGGUGGUUGCUAGUGGAGCUGCUGUGAAGCAACAUAACCUUACCCCACUGGCUCGACUUGUUGCCUAUGGAAUUUCAGGUUGUGAUCCAAAGAUAAUGGGCAUUGGGCCUGCACCUGCAUCUAGAGCUGCAUUAAAAGCCGCAGGAAAGAGUGUAGAAGAUAUGGAGAUUGUAGAGGUGAAUGAGGCCUUUGCACCGCAGUAUUUAGCAGUACAAAAAGAGUUAGGACUGAACAACCAAAUUACCAACAUGAAUGGUGGAGCCAUAGCUCUGGGUCAUCCACUGGCAGCUUCUGGAGCCAGAAUCACAGGGCAUCUGACACAUGAACUGAUACGACAGAAUAAGAAACUUGCAAUGGGAUCAGCUUGUAUUGGUGGAGGACAGGGAAUUACUGUUAUCCUAGAGAAAUGUUAAGGUGAAUGUUUAAUGUGAAAAAAAAAACCAAGUGCUCUUUUGGACAGCAUUGACUGUGAUAUUAAUGGGUUUUAUACCAUCUGAAAAUAAACAUUGAAGUUUAGGCUUGAAAUGAUGUAUUUACAUUUUCAAACGAUCAUAUACCAUUUAAUUUACAUAAAUUAACAUUAUUGUUGCACCUUGCAUUUGUUUUCAUUGAUAUUGAUUGAUGAACAGUAAAAAUCAAUAAAAUGUUAUUUACACUGUA